CAAAAAAGCCGGUAGCGUUGAAGGUCCACGGUCACUAUCACCUUAACCUGGUCAGUCAGUAACAACUUAAUAACAAAAUGUAUUACAAAUUAAGUGGCUUCACACAAAGACUGACGGGAGCAGCGUCAUCUAUCGCCCAUAGUCCUCAGGGCUUGAGGUCAAAUAUCCCUUCUGAGUCCCCCACCAUAAUCUUUGCUACCCCCACUAAAGUUGUAUCUCAGUCAAGUCCUGCGGUAGAGUAUAUGGGUGUCAACAAAGUUCCAGACCUCCAAAGGAUAUUUCAGGCAUCAGAUGAGAUUCCCGUCCAUUUGAAGCGAGGUGUUCCCGACAGACUUCUGUAUAGAACCACUAUGGCUUUGACAGUUGGAGGAGCUUUCUACUGCCUUGUUGCUCUUUAUAUUGCAGCACAACCCAAAAAUAAAUGAACUGUACCCAGCCUCUUACAUAGACUUACAUCAUCAGUUAGGAAAUGUUAAUAUUUGUGAUAUGUAAAUUAUGUAAAUUUUGCAAUGCCUCUCAGUCUGCCUCCGAAAUAUGAUCAUCAAACACUAGGCUUUACGAGAAGUCGUCAUUGUGCACGCUGUUACUGUAUCAGCUGCAUUAUGUAAACAGUCACAAAAUUUGUAUUUAUUAGAGUCAAAAAUCUUGAGCUGAAUAAACCCUUUACUGUUAGCACCAGUUAUACCUCAUAAGCACCGGCUGGUUCAAGACAGAUGUAUGCUGCAAUGACAGAUGAUGUGCAGUGCUGUUGUUAGCGCUGUAAAAUUGAAGGUGAGAUGUGACACUUUUCUGCAGUGUUGAUUGGUGAUUCAAUGUAAUGUGCUUGUUACGCAUGUGGUGCUUGUAACAGGGUUCCCAUGGAUCCUUGAAAGUUUGUGAAUCUGGGGGGCAUUCAAGGCCCUGGGAAGUUUUUUAAAAUAUAUAUACAUAGAUACAGGUCAUUGAAAGUGCUUGAAUCUAUUUUUGCAAGAAGUUGCACACAUUUAAAGCACACAUUCUAAACUGUUCGCAUUAAAUGCUUAUUAUAUCUUCUGUAUGUGAAUGUUGAUUCAUACCAAAAUGCUUUUUUGCAUAGUUGUGUUUGACAUGAAAACGUCUCGGGAUAUGUAUGUAACUGUUGUUCUCUGAGAAGGGAAUGAGACGCUGCGUCUACGUUGCCAUACUUCCUGCAUCCCUGUAACGCCAUAUUUGGCAAUAUUUCAGAUAGCAAUAUACUUCCUGGCACCCCCGUCACCCUGGUUUUGUCGUUAAGCCUCACCAUUGGUUGAAUUUGUUGUACACAUUUAGACGAACUUACCCCUAGAGGGGUCCCAGUGACGCAGCGCGAGUUCCCUUAAAAGGGAACUGUAACAAUGUAUCUUAAAAGGUAACACGAUGUAACCUUGCUCUUACUUGAAAUGUGUCCGCACAUUUAGUCCUUGAAUUUGAGGCUAUUGGACCUGGAAAGUCUUUGAAAGGUCCUUGAAUUUGAAGUUAACUAAGGUUUGGGAACCCUGUUGUACGUGUACCAUGGUAAAUCUUAAGAAUGGGAUAUAUGUAGGAUUGAAAAGUGGUUGAACACUUGUUAAUCGUUUGCAGAGCUGAAAUUGAGAGCAUUCCAGAAAUGUCAAGCAAUGUUGAAGACAGUCAAGGACAUGGGUAAUACGUAUGAUUUUAUGCAAAUGUAUGCCACUGUAUGUGAAAUCAUUAUAUAAUGUCAUAUCAUAGCAUGUCGUUUAACAGUCUUGGUUAUAUUUUGUGCAUAUAAUGACUCAUAAAGCUGCUGUGCAUUUUAAGUGUGCCCCGUCCCGAAAUUAUGUAUGUUUUUAAAGCAGAUGUUUGAAAUAUUUAAGUUCCUUUAUUUACACGUGUACAUUUUUGUAUUAAAACGAUACAGAAAACCAAAUUACACUGAAUUACAUUUGUCUUCAAUUUUUUUCCAUUUGUCAGAUACUUUUAUACAAAACAACUUAGUUUAUUUAAGCUAUUAAUAUCAGUGAUUACAUUUGUUUGAAAUUGUCCAUAUACAUACAAUACCUUGAGCUAUAGGAGCAUGUUUUUGUUACUGAAUGU